AGGGGGGCGGGGUCGCGACGACCUUUUGCGCAGGCGCAGUCCGCGGUCCACGCGUGGUGAAAUGCCUGGAAAGCACGUUUCUCGUGUCCGUAGCUUAUAUAGGCGGAUCUUGCAACUACACCGGGUUCUGCCCCCGGACCUUAAAUCUCUGGGUGACCAGUACGUGAAGGACGAAUUUAGGAGACAUAAGACCGUUGGUUCUGACGAGGCCCAGCGUUUCUUGCAGGAAUGGGAGGUGUAUGCAUCAGUGUUAUGGGAACAAGCUAAUGAAUACAGACAAAAUUCAACUGAAAGAGCAUAUUUUGGCACCUCCCUCCCAGAAGAAAAACUUAAUGACUUUCGUGAUGAGCAAAUUGGACAAUUACAGGAACUGAUGCGAGAAACUACUAAACCCAACAGGCAAUUUAGUAUCACGGAGUCUACAAAACCAAAAUUUUAGUAAAUACAGUAAAAUUUGACAAAAUAUAAAAUUUAGAACCUUUUAACUAUCAUUGGUUUUUUAAAGUUAUUAUUUCAUCCUUACGUAUUAUUUUGUUUUUGGUUUUUAUGAAUGCAGUAUGUGGACCAGGAUCACCAGAAGACAACUGGAAAACUUUAGGACAUUGUUGGAAUAGCAGUAUUUACUGAAUGGAAUUUGAUUUUGUGCAUUAAAUAAGGAAGCCUCCAAAAUGAAAUAUUGAGAAUUUUUUGUAUACAAGUUUGUUUUAAAUGCUGAUGUUCAAGCAUUAGAGAUUUUCUUUUGCUACAUCAGUUAAGUAUAUCAUAAUGACAAAUGUAGAAUUUCAACAAGUUUAUUAGAUUGUCAUUCUGAAAGUAUCAUUUCCACUUUAAUAAUUGCAUACAUGAUUAUUCUGCAUGUCUCCUUCUGACUCAUUGUUUAUUCACAAUGAAAUGUUAAAGAGAAGCUUUAAUAUUCAGAAUUAUCGUUUGCAUAGUAGAUUGUACAAAGUAUAAUAAUGUUUCUACAGUAUUUAUAACAAAUGACCCUUCAAAUAAUUUUUAGUUACUUUGAGAGUCUCAUUUAUUGCCUAAUGUUUGGGGAGUAUAAAAACACAAAUUUUUCUCAUAGUUAGAUUGAUUUAUAAAUUUUUAAAAGGACACAUUAAAAUCUUGCAUAUGCCAAGAUCAUUUGAUAUACAGGGGAUCAGUAGUUAUCAAAGACAAAAAGUCUACUCCCAUGCCAUGGAUUUGCUCAAAAGAAUGGUGUGGUGAUAUUAUGCAAAUUUAGCUUCUAGGCCUCAGAGCCUGGCAUAGCUCCACUGGAACUAUUGGAAACCUGUCCAACUGCCAUGUUAAGCCUGAGCUGACCCUCCAGAGUAUCAGAUUAGGUUUUGGGAAACAUUGUAAACUACAUUACCCAAAGCAAUCCUGGAUCAGCUGGCUUUCAGCCAACAGCAAACACAUGAGUGAACCCAGAUAAACUUAGGUUUAUAAGGAAUUUUAAAGGACAUUGGAAAUUUUCUAAUAUUGAUAAUUGAGAAUAUGUAGAAAUUUUACAAAAUGCUAGAUUUCUUUUUUAGUAAGGUGGCAGACUACGUUCAUCUGAGCAGUGCUAAAACUAAAAACUUUCAGGUAAAAUAGAAAAAAGCAUUUUUAGAUGCAUCUGGGAGUUGGCAGUGUUCUAAAAGAUUAAGUAAUCCCAAGGCUAGUAUUACUAAAUGAAACUGCUGCAACCCUUUUGCCCUGAGGUUGAAUUUCAGAUUUGGUUUUGAUUGUCCUUAGGAAAACUGUGGGCAAAAAAACAGAACUUAGAGUCCAGUUGAAGUAGAUUCAUAAAAUACAUUUUUCCCACAAAGCCAGGACCCUAAGGAAUACCAUCAGAGAACGCCAAAAGCAAACCUGCUCUAGUACUUGUGCAGAGUUUCAGAGCAUCCCAAAUCAAGUCAUCUGUGUACUCAAACAACAAGUUAUGAAUCCAUAUAAAAUGGUCCCAGAAUAAGUACCUGAAAGAUUUAAACAAAUUUUUGGAGGAUACUGAGAUCACAGUUUCCUCAAGUUUAAAUAAACUCCACAAGGAAAAUUAGCACAGCAACUAAGGCAAUAGAGAUAGGCCACCAGAAAACUCAGAAAUUAGAACAUGUUUUAUAAUUGUUACGGUUUAAAUAUUAGGUGUCCCUCAAAAGCUCUGUGAAAUGAUGCAAAAAAGCUUAGAGGUAAAAUGAUUGGGUUGUGAGAAUCUUAACCUAAUCUGUGCAUUAAUCCCCUGAUAAGGAUUAACUGGAUGGUAACUGUAAACAGGUACGGUGUGGCUCAAGGAGGUGAGUCCCUAGGGGCGUAUCUUUGAGUACAUAUUUUGUCUGUGGUGAGGAGAGUCUCUGUCUGCUUCCUGGUGAUGUUCCCAGCUGCAUUCCUCUACCAUACCCUUCUUUCAUGAUGUUCUGCCUCACCUUACACCCCAAAGAAUGGAGUCAGCUGUUAAUGGACUAGGACUUCUGAAACCCUGAGCCCCCAAAUAAACUUUCUUCCUCUAA